AUGAAGUUUGCCUAUUUAUUUUUCAUAGUGUUAUUGACUAAGGUUUGUACUGAAACUGUGACAGUGUUAUCCACCAGAAGCUACAGAUUGCCAACCACCGAGCUGAACCCAACUGAUGGUACUGUGUACUUAACAUUAACGAGACAACAGAGUCUGUCAACUUCCUUGGAUAGUUCUACAAUCACUUCUCCUCCACUGAACCUGUCUGUCAUCGUUCAAACAACAGCAAUAACAGAUUGUCACUUUCAUAAUUCAGUUCAAUAUUGUGUUGACGGUUACGGAAAUGAAGGUUCUAUCUUGCCAGCCCCAACUAACAUUAACAAUCUUCCUACAAGCUAUACUGGGUGCCACUCACACGAUGGCGAUACCUUCUGUAUGAAUGGAGACAACGAAGUUCAGUUUGUGAAAUUAGAAGAAGAAGACAAUGAAGGGUCAAGCUCCUCUUCUGGGAAAAAGUGCCAUUUCCAUGCUGGGGUUGAACAUUGUGUUGGCGAUAAUAACCACGACGCUGUAACUUGUGAAAGAGUGGAAAGAGAUUAUGAUAUUCCUUUGAGAAUUGGGUUGCUUUUUGUUAUUCUUGUUACUUCUGGUAUUGGAUCUUUUGGUCCUAUUGUGUUGAAACAAUUUGUCCAUUUGUCCCAAGAAAACUACAUUAUUGUUAUCAUCAAACAGUUUGGUACUGGUAUUAUUAUAUCAACGGCAUUUGUACAUUUGAUGACUCAUGCACAAUUAAUGUGGAGUAAUUCCUGUUUGAAUAUCAAGUAUGAAGGGACUAGUGCUUCAAUAACCAUGGCAGGAAUAUUUAUUGCUUUUAUAAUCGAGUAUAUUGCACUUAGAGUACUCAAUACCCGUGAUACUACAAAUGACGAUAAAAAAGAAAUUGAGGAAUCAUCCAGCAAUGAGCAAUCAUUACAUGGCAUUUCAGUCAAUGAUAAGAUUUCAGUAAUGAUUUUAGAAGCAGGAAUCAUUUUCCAUUCCAUCCUUAUUGGUAUUACCUUAGUUGUUACCGAUGAUGUGUACUUUAUUACCUUAUUCAUUGUUAUUGUUUUCCACCAGUUCUUUGAAGGGUUGGCUUUGUCUUCUAGAAUUAUAUCUAUUACCAAUGCAAACUUGUCAACCAAAUUGGUAAUGGCCCUCAUGUUUGCUUUGAUUACCCCUAUCGGAAUGGCAAUUGGUAUUGGUGUGUUGAACAAAUUUAAUGGUAAUGACCCUGCUACUUUAAUUGCAUUGGGAACAUUGGAUUCUUUUUCGGCAGGUGUGCUUCUUUGGACCGGUUUGAUUGAAAUGUGGAGUCACGAUUGGUUGCAUGGCCACUUGAGAAACAGUUCUUUGUUAAAAACUACAGUUGCUUUAGUAAGUUUGGUCUUGGGAAUGUUGCUCAUGAGCUUAUUGGGUAAUUGGGCGUAA